GUGAUGGGGAAAAAAAAACAUAAAGCUAGUCGACGGGAGCUGGUUUUUGAUGAGGAGAAAAGAAGAGAAUAUUUGACUGGUUUCCACAAAAGAAAAUUACAAAGAAGAAAAGCUGCUGUGGAAGAAAUCAAACUGAAAAUAAAAGAGGAGCAAAAGAGGAUGAAGGAAGAGAGGCACAAAGAAUACAUGAAGAUGCUUAAGGAAAGAGAAGAAGCUUUAGAGGAAAUUGAUGAAAUAGAGAGACUGGUGACUGCUAAAACGGAGUCUUUCCUGUAUGAUCACCCGAAUCACACUGUAACUGUGACAACCAUUAGUGAUCUGGACCUGUCUGGAGUCGGCCUUCUGCCCCCUGGCAGCAAAGAGGUAGAAUUUGAAGACAAUGACAAGAACCAGGAAGAAUCAUCGGUCAAACUCGCUCUGCCCAAGAAAGCUGGAGCCCCGAUUUUAUCAAAGAGAAUCUCCAGCCUCACAAAGACGCUGCAUGUUCGCAGUAAGUGUAAAUCUCGAAAACGCCCUUCUAGGACCAUGGAUGGCAAAAAGCAAUCAAUUAGACCACCUGGACGGACAAGCAAAGCUCAGCGAAGAAGACAGACUGGCAAAACAGGAAGGAACAGAGAAUAGAGAUUUCAAGACACAUA